AUGCCAAAGAAACAGGAACUUAAACUUCGAGCUCAAGAAGAAAAAGCGGACGUACUGCUGAUAAGUGAAACAAGUUUCCAAGCAGGUGUUACUCCCAAGAUUGCUGGCUUCAGAGGCUACUCAGUCUCCAGACUGCAUAACCAAGGAGGUGGAGUUGCCAUAUAUAUAAAACACAACAUAGAUCACUGCAGAACACUGGAUGUCAACACAAAUAUCGUGGAAACCCACAAUAAAACUCUGUGCAGCCUACUACUGUGCUAUAUUACAAAACGUUGUUUGCGGAUACUCUUAGAAGCCCAAUUAUCUCCAAAUCCACCUGGCUACGACUUUGAAGACGAAGACAACGAAGAUAUCAGACCGACCACUUCUGACGAAGUUAAAUCAAUCAUCUCAUCACUGAAGCCAAGAACGGCAUCUGACCCAGAAGGCAUCCCCAACAAAGCCCUCAAACUCCUACCCGAGCGCAUUCUGACGACACUGAAAGACAUAAUAAACACUGGAAACAGGCUUAAGGCCCUCAUUGCCAAAAUGUCCGAAGCAGGAAUUAAGACCGACCUUAUCAAAUUAACUCAAUCAUACCUCCACCGCAGAGAAUUCAAGGUCAAGGUCCAGGUUGCGCAUCUGAGUAAAAAAAGAUUAGAGCGGGAGUACCACAGGGCUCAGUAUUGGGUCCGAUAUUAUUUAACAUUUAUAUGUCGGACAUCUCAUUCCUCCAACAGGUUAACUAUGCCUUGUAUGCAGAUUAUACUCCUUUCUAGGUUCGAGGAAUGGGCAGAAAGAUGGAGGAUAAAAGUGAACCCCGCUAAAACACAAGCAAUCAUUAUCUCUAAAGGCGGUCGCACCCUCCAAACCAACCUAAACUAUGAAGGAAUAAACAUCCAUUGGGCUAAUCAAGUCAAAUAUCUGGGAGAAACUAAUUUGGACAUCGCUAAUACGCCCAGCCAUCUCCUAUGCUGCAGCAGCCCUAACGGCGCAAAAACCCAUAUAUCUAAGCUCGAAGUCGUUCAAAACAGAUUCCUGAGGAAUGUGCCGUGCCGUGCGAAACUGGAUCCCAUGAGGAAUUACCUCAUUGACAGAUCAAAAGCAAUUUUGGAGAAAUGUGCAACCAACAACAAUUAUUUGGCGGCUGCUUGCGUAGAUUUCGAUCCAGAUGACAGAAGAAGGUUAGGCAAUCCUCCAAUCUGCAGACAUCCUGUCCAUCCUGUAACACUGCAAAUCCCGCUCUUACACCUAACUCCUGCUAGUCCUUUUCUAUUUUUCAAAAUUGAUGCCAAUUCAUCUACGACAAACUUUCUUGACACAAAUGAUGCCAUAGAAAAUAAUGAUGCCCAUACCAAUCCUGGUAGCUCAAAUUCCACGAAAAAAGUGAUAGAAAACGAAAAGGCUACUUCAACGUCUUCCUUGCCUCUUAUUUCCACAUCGAUAACAUCAACAUCGAAUGCAAAUGUUUCCAAGGCCCAUGUUCAAGUAUUCAACGCGUGGCUGUCAGUCAAAUACUCUAGUAAAUACAUUGGUCAAAUCGCCACUGCAUUUGCAAAACUGUCCGGUAACGAUGGUGCGCUUACACUACACGCUUCCAGAAAAUAUCACCAAAACGCAAUUAAAGCCUGCGAAGAUUUUAUAAAAACUUAUGAAAACCCUGCCUUAGAAGUCAUAAAUCAAGUUUAUUCUCAACGCAUGACUCAGGUUCUAGAAAACGGGAACAGAUUGCGCCCCAUUAUUGAGACGAUCAUUCUUUGUGGAAGACAAAAUAUUGCAUUAAGAGGACAUAGAGAUGAUGGCGUGUUGAAGGUUCAGAAUUCAAUAGCAAAUGACGGAAACUUUAAACCCCCUUUUACGCUUUCGCCAACUUAUAUUAGUAAAACAACACAAAAUGAUCUCAUUGAUUGUUGUAAAGAAGAAAUACCAGAUAAAUUGAUUGGCAGGGUUAAGAGGGCAAUAUUUUAUUCUGUAAUAUUUGAUGAAACUAGCGAUGCAGCUCACAUUGAGCAACUUAGCCUUAAUGCGUAUGAUUCUAUCCGUGAAGAUGAUGUUGAUAAUAAUCAAAAACGGUUAACUGGUAUUGCGUUAGGCCAUUCCGUAAUUGAUCUUCUUCAAAAAUUUAAGCUCCCCUUAGAAAAUUGCGUUGGGAUUGGCACAGAUAAUUGUUCUGUCAUGGCAUCCGAUAUUAAAGGUGCUGUUCAAGAAAUCAUUAAAUGUUGCACAAAUGCCAAAAGUCAAGCAAAUAAGGAAUACUAUUUCGACGAUGAAAAAAAUCAUCAGUUUCGCGAUAUACACAUAGAUCUACAUAUAGUACUACACAUACCGAUACCGAUAACCUCUAUAAAUUGUUUUAAAAUGGCUAGAUCAUUAAGAUCUGGAAAAACAGGUGAUGAUGAUGAACAGUAUUUUCAGUCAGUAAUGGAGAAGAUUUUUAAUUCAGAAGAUUUUCUAUCAAAUUUGGCUGAUAAAAUUGCAGUACGUAUGGUAAACAGCCUUGAAAAUGAAAUCAAGGUGUAUAAAGAGAAGGUCGAAGCAUUGGAUAAGCAAGUCAAAGAUAUGAGUAAAAUUAUUGAACAGCAAGAACAAUUUACUCGUAAAAAUAACAUGACAAUUUAUGGAUUACCCAAACAAAAUGGUAAAAAGCUGGAUGAAAAAUUAUGUACCUUAUUUGAUGAAAGACUUGGAAUACAGAUAAAUCCUAUUGAUAUUGAGUUUUGCUAUAGGUUAAAGGCAAAAGAAGGAAAAGAAUCACAUGUGUUCGUAAGAUUUUGUCGAUAUAAGAAUAAGAAUGAAAUUUUUAAAAAUAAAAGCAAAUUGGUUUUAUCGCGUAUCACUGAAAAAACGGAAACAUUAAUAGAUUUAAUUCUUGUUUCUGACAUUUCGUUAGUGAGAAGUUUCGGAAAUUUAAGUAUAGAAGUUUCAGACCAUGAUUUGGUGUAUUGUACGACAAAUUGUACUUCCAAUACAGUGCCAUUUAAAAAAACAUUUAGAAAUUUUAGUAAAAUUAAUUUUCCAAACUUUACUAAGGAUCUGGAACAGUUGCCACUGCAUAAUAUAUUAUAUCUGGAUAAUGUUGAUGAUAAAGUUGAUUUUUUAAAUCAUCAUCUUAUAAAUUUAUUUAAUUUUCAUGCCCCAUAUAAAACAAUCGAAAUUAACAAACCAUAUAAGCUAUGGUUAACAGAUAAUAUUAAGUUUUUAAUUAAAUUACGAGACAAAGCUAAAAUUAAGUUUAAGAAAACAAAGUUGGGAUCGGACUGGGAGUAUUUUAAACAAUUAAGAAAUUUUACUGCUAUUGCAUUAAGAAAUAAAAAGCGAGCAUAUUUUAACUUUAAACUAAAUAAUAAAAAUCCGAAAGUGCUGUGGAAGGAACUAAAAAAUCUUAAUAUUAAAUCUAACAAAAAUAAUAUUCUACCUGAUCACUUAAGAUAUGUUAAUUUAAUUAAUAACUUUUUUAUAAAUAGCGUACCAGUAUCUAAUGUAAAUAAUGAUGACCUAAUUAAUUAUUACCUGGGAAAUACUUUUCAAAAUAUUUCUGCCGAAUUUUCUUUUUCCUUGGUAAGUCAAACUGAAAUAUUAGAAACUAUAAAUAAAAUAAAAAGUAACGCAGUUGGUUUUGAUGAAAUAAAUAUAAAUAUGGUUAAAUAUUCCUGUCCAACUAUUUUACCUUAUGUGACAAAUAUAAUAAAUACAUGUUUAUUAGAAAAUGUGAUACCUGUUCAAUGGAAAGAGGCUAAUGUUAUGCCGCUUCCUAAAAUUUCCGAACCGAAAGAACUUAAGGAUUUACGGCCAGUGACUUGUGAUUCUCAUAAAACAACAGCAUUAGUAUUGUUAGACUUUACGAAGGCUUUUGAUACGAUUAAUCAUAAGUUGCUUCUUUCAAUUCUUCAUUUUAUAGGUUUGGGUGGACCUCUUUUGUUUACCAUCUACAGAAGUAAUUUUCCUAAUUGCAUAACGUACUGCAACCAUCACAUGUAUGCUGAUGACACCCAGCUGUACCUUUUAUUCGAAAGUAAUAAGGUAGAGGAAGCUAUGCAAAAAAUCUCAAUAGACCUUAAUUCUAUAGACGAAAUUUCAAAAAAGCAUUCCUUGUUUUUAAACCCUGGAAAAUCAAAGGUACUGCUGUUUGGUAACAAAACAAUUAUAAAUAAUUUAACAGGGAAUUUAGAUUUUAAUUUGUCCAUCGAAAAUGUUCAGUUACCAAUUGUUCAAAGCGCAGUAAAUCUGGUGUAG